AUGGUGCUUUGCUUUAAUAUUCUACUUUCGUUAAUAACUAGUUGUGCUUUUGUCCAUGCUCACCCAUUGGAUCGAAACCCAGUCGACGAAGCAAACUUAGCGGCUUUAUUGAGCUCACAACCAAUAGAGGCGGAUGAUGUUAUAAUCGAAACCAUUGCGCUUCAGUUGAAUAGAACUUCUCGUGACAGUAAAUGUGAUGCUUGUAUCAACAGACUAUUAAUCGGUAAGACUUUGGUUUCCACCAGACCAGAUUUGGUUGCUCCUGCCUUUACUAAGUGGUGCGUUGACUCCAAAUAUAGUAGCAACAAUACUUGUUACCAAGACUAUGGUAUCUCGUCUGUUAAUGGUAGUAGUGAAGGUUCAAACUACGCUGACUUACUAUCUCAAAUGGAUCCAACCGGUUAUGAUGGUCACUUAUAUUGUUACUUCAGAGAUUCCUACAAUUGUCCAAGACCAGUAACACCAAACGUUACCAUUUCUCAUUUAUUUCCACCUAAGAAAGCAGAACAUAUGACUGCCCCAGAACCUGGUACAAAUGGUACAUUCAAUGUAUUGCACGUUUCCGAUCUUCACAUCGAAUUAGAUUACACAAUUGGUGGUGAAGCUAACUGUACCGACUCUCUGUGUUGCACACCUCACUCGGUCAAUCGACACAAACUUGAAGGAGCCUCUUCAUUCAAAGGCCUAUGGGACUCUUACUUCAACUCCUAUUAUAAUGAGGAUUUCUCAUUUGAGAAGGGUUCAGAGGUCAAUGUUUUCAAUGGUACAUCUUGGAUGCCUGCAGCCUCUUGGGGUUACUACCACUGUGAUUCUCCAGAGAGAUUGAUCAAUUCCUCCCUAAACAGUAUUGUCGAUUAUGCCACUCAAAAGAACGUAUCAUUUGACUUUACUAUUUUCACAGGUGAUAUGAUUUCCCAUGACCUAGGUAAACAUAUUUCAUAUGAAAGUACUCGUGAAUCUGAAGUUCGUAUCAUGAAAGAUCUGAAAUCAAGAAUGGGAUCUACUCCAGUCUUUCCAGUGCUUGGUAAUCACGAUAAUUAUCCUUAUGCUGAGAUGGCUCCACAGAAAUAUGGCUUUUAUAAUAAAUUCUCAUGGAAUUCUGACUUGAUGUCUGACAUGUGGGAAGAUUUUGGUUGGCUGAAUGAGGAACAAGCUCAACAAUCUAGAACCCAUUAUGCUGGUUAUUCUGUUGAAACAAAGAUGGGGUUGAAGGUUAUCUCAUUGAAUUCUAACACUUGGUAUCCAUCUAAUACCUAUAACUAUAUCAAUGCAAGCGCUGUGGAUAACUUCGGUCAAUUCGAAUUCUUAAUUGAAGAGUUAAUUGCAAGUGAAAACAAAAAUCAAAGAGUCUGGAUUACUGCACAUAUUCCACCUGGUCUAGGUUGUUUACCUAUUCCAUCAAAAAUAUUUACAGAGAUUGUUGAAAGAUUUUCGCCUUCUACUAUUGCUGGUGUCUUCUUUGGUCACACCCAUAAAGAUCAAUUUGAAAUUCUGUAUGCCGGUUCUGGUAACGAUACCAAAAGUAUGGAGAAUGCUUUAAAUACUGCCUAUAUUGCACCAUCCAUUACUCCUUGGAACGAUGUUAAUCCAGCCUGGAGAUAUUAUGAAGUUGAUAAAACAACGUUCUCCAUCAUGGAUAUGCACACAUUCUAUACCCCGUUGAACGCUACAUAUUCUAAUGAUGGUGCUGAACCAACCUGGAAAUACGAAUAUUCUGCUAGAGAUAUUUAUAACAUUUCAUGGCCUCAAACUUCUCCUCUAAAUGCUAGUUACUGGCAUCAAGUGGCCCAAAAAAUGAAAGGUUCAGUUCAAUAUAGACAACUUUUCAGAAACCUUUACUAUAGAUACGCACCAAACACUUCAAACUGUUCUACUUCAAAAGAUUGUGAUGACGAUUAUUGUAUGGUCACAGAAUUCACAGCUGAUGAUUAUAACAACUGUGUGGCAGCUGUUUCAACUUAG